CAGCAUUGAAAAACUUUGCAGCUUCAAGACCUGGCUGAUUCUUGCUUGGCAGAAACCUUUGUAGACAAGUCUGCCGAGGGACCACCAAACGCAGCAUUGCCCAAACACGAACCAAGGAAAACGAAAGACCCUGAAGACUGACGCAACCAGAGAAGUUCAGCCAUAGCAGAGCACCUGAUGAACCAACCUGGACACAGCAGAUUAUUUGAGAACACAAAAAUGCUGGGCCACCAUGUCAGGCCACACAGAGAAGCCAUUGCAAUCCAAAAGCAUGUAAACAAUUUCAAUAGAAAGGAGAAAACAAUGAAAAUCAACAAAAUCUGGCUACUCUAAAAUCAGGACAGUAAAUAAAGACCAAACUCAGAAGACAGGGGAAUCCCAGACAGAAAACAAUCAGGGCCAGCUAACACCUCACAACAAAGCCCGGAAAACUCACAACAACCUAUAUAUAUAUAGGUUCUACUUCGCCUUCCCUCUUUUUUCCACGGCAUCUCAACGUAUACACACAAACGACAUGUCAACAUAUACACACAAACACACGUUGGGGGAGAAAAGGGGAAAGGAUAUAUAUAUCCUUUCUCCUCAAAGCAAAAUCUCUGGCUGUCUUUCCUUCCCUUCUACUUCGCCUUCCCUCUUUCUUGCACGACAUGUCAACAUAUACACAGAAACACACGUUGGGGGAGAAAAGGUUUGCAUCUGUCCCAUAUAUAUGGGAAGGAAAGACAGCCAGAGAUUUUGCUUUGAGGAGAAAGGGGAAGGCAGGGAGAGAUGCAGAGAGAGAAAAAAUGCUUUAGGGUGAGAAAGAGGGAGGGAAAGAGAGAUAUUAGAUGUUGAGGGAGAAAGAGGGAGGUAGAGGCAGAAGGGAAGGAGAGGGGUGAGAGGGAUAUGCAUAUAAUAUAUAUAUGUGUGCGUCUGUCUUGGGGAAGCAGAAGGGAGGGAAAGAUGCAGAGAUUUGGCUUUGGGGAGAAAGAGGGAGGCGGGGGAGAGAGGGAGGGAGAGAUAGCUAGAUAGAGAUAUGAUGCGUUGGGGAAGGAGGAAGGGGGGCGAGGGAAAGGCUCCAUGUGAGCCCCUCGGAGGCCACUCGGCAGCUGGUCGUGGCGCUGCACUCUCUCAGCCGCACCCGGGCGCCACAGGAGGGGAACCGGCCCGCGUGGGAAGUGAAGGGGGGGGGGGCUUGAAAAGGCGGCGCGCGUCUUCGGCGGCGUCACUCGGCGGGCGGAGAAAAGGCCCGAAAGGCUCGACCCCCUCCCUCCUCCUCCUCGUCGUCGUCGUCGGGUCCCCUCUUGGCGGUGCGCCUCUCCUUCUGUCGCAGCGUCAGAGGAAGGCCGCGCCGUCCUCCUUCCUUCCCCGUCUCUCCUUCCUCCCUUCUCCGUCUCCGAGGGGCUGCGAUGCAAAGCGGGCGCUCCCCUCCGGCCCUGAGCGUGACGGCGGAGAGCAGCCUCCCGGCCGGACUGCGCCUGGGCCCCCUCUCCGGCGCCUUCAAACUGGGCAAGUACCUGUCCGACCGCAGGGAGCCCGGACCCAAGAAAAAGGUGCGGAUGGUGCGUGGGGAGCUGGUGGACGAAGCCGGGGACCCCGCGGCGGAGUGGAUGGGGCUCAUCCGGGCGGCCAGGCACGCGCAGGAGCAGACCUUGGAAGCGGUGGCGGACUUGCCGGGAGGACAGAUUUUCUACCGGGCGCUGCGGGAUGUCCAGCCGGGGGAGGAGCUCACCGUGUGGUACUCCAACUCCUUGGCCCAGUGGUUUGACAUGCCCACCACGGCGACGCCCACCCACGACGAGAAAGGCGAGGAGCGCUACAUCUGCUGGUACUGCUGGCGGACCUUCAAGUUCCCCAACAGCCUGAAGGCCCACGUCCACUUCCACUGCACCCUGCACGGCGGGCGGAGCUUCCUGGGUCCCCCGGAGCCGCCCCGCCCCGCCGAGGUCUUCAGCCUGGCCGCCCUGAAGCCCGGAGCCCCGCCGGCGCCCCUCAGGCCCCACGGCCCCCCAGCAGCAGGAGCCUCAGCAGGAGGAGGCGGAUCGGGCGUCAAGCGGGAGCCCUGCCCCACCGCGGCCUCGCCCUCCUUCGCCAAGGGGCGCAGCAAGGCGGCCAAGGAAGAGCAGGAGCGCGCCUUGGACAUGAGCCUCGGCUCCGGGCGGCACUUUCUGGGCGGCAACGGGUUGUCUUUCUACCCGGGAGGGGCCCGCUCGGCCUUCAAGCCCGCCGGCUUGGCUAAAGCCUCCCAAGCGGAGGAAGCCAAAGGCCACGGAGGAGGAGGAGGCGGCGGCGGCGGGUUCAGCAAACUCUUGGGCGGCCUCAAGCCGGGAAGGGCGAGCCACGAAGGGCCACUGGGGCUGCACCCCCACGCGCCCCCGCCCCUUUCCCACGCCAAGUGCCACGCGGGGGGGAGUGCGGGGCCCUCGCUCUCGGCGGCAGGGCUGGCCUAUCCGGGUAGCUUCCCGCUUUUGCCCCACUUCGAGGAGACCUCGGCCUUCAAGCACGUCGAGAGGGGCCUCCACGCCAGGCUCUCGCCCCCCGCCGCCCGGUACGGCCCUCUCCCCACAGCAGGAGGCGGAGGACCGGCGGGGCUGCACUUAGAGCGCUUCGCCGCCUUGCCGCCCUUCGAAACCGGCGGCCUGAAGCCCUACUCCUCCUCCGCCGUCGCCGCCGCUUCUGGGGACUGCGCCCUGCCUCCCUUCCUGCCUUUCACCGUCUACAACGGCGAGCUGCUCUACGGCGGGCCCUACUACCCGCUCAAGCUCCACUUUGGCCACCUCCUCAAGUAUCCAGACUCGGUCUCCUAUUUCAACGGGGCGGCUGCAGCGGCGGCUGCUGCUGCGGCGGCGGCGGCGGCGGCGGCGGGACUGAGCCCCUCGGAGCUGGGCCUCGACCGGGAGCUGGCGCUCCACACGGAGAUGGCGGGCGAGAAGAGCCGGGCCCGCUUGUCCGAGGGCCUGCCGCCGUCCUCGGGCCCGCCGGGGCCUCUCUCCUCGGGCGUGGGCGGCAAGGCCAAGACGGGCCACUUGUGCCUCUACUGCGGGAAGCUCUACUCGCGCAAGUACGGCCUCAAGAUCCACAUGCGGACGCACACGGGCUACAAGCCGCUCAAGUGUAAGGUCUGCCUGCGGCCCUUCGGCGACCCCAGCAACCUCAACAAGCACAUCCGGCUCCACGCCGAGGGCAACACGCCCUACCGCUGCGAGUUCUGCGGGAAGGUGCUGGUCCGGCGCCGGGACCUGGAGAGGCACGUCAAGUCCCGCCACCCGGGCCAGAGCCUGCCCAAAGGGCUCUCGGGGGAGGGGGGGGAGGGCGAGGGGGGGCCGGGGGCCGAGGACAGGCGCCCCCCUCCGCCCCCGGAGCCCAAGACCGACGACAACGAGAGCGACGUCGACGUCUGCUUCACGGACGACCAGAGCGACCAGGACACGGGCGGGAGCAGCAGCGGGGGCGGCAAAGAGCAGCCAUGAGGCCCAACCUCCGCCUCCGUCUUUUCCUCCCCCCCCCCCCAUUCGUCUCCAGGAGCCGAGGCAUAUCAACUUCUUGCAAAGGGACCUUGGGCUGAAACCGCACUUGGCUGUAAGCGGGUUGAAGUCCGGUUAAAAACCACCUCCGAAUAUUUAUGACUAUUCGCCUGCCCAACCCCCCCCCCCCCCUCCAUAGGCACACCUAUUUGCUAGCACAGGCACGAGCAAACUUCGGCUCUCCAGGUAUUUUGGAGCGGUAGGUUGUUAGGAAUGGUGGGAGUUGAAGCCCAAAACACCUGGAGGGCCGAAGUUUGUCCAUGCCUGUGCUAGGAGAUGACAUUCAGGCCCUGAAACGGCCAGGGAACACCAUCCUCUUAGGAGCAUUUCUCCUAAUAUACACCUGCUCAAGGAAUGACCUCUCUUAGGGCUCAGCUAUGGGCAAACUUCGGUCCUCCAGGUGUUUUGGACUUUAAUUCCCACCUCCUCCUAACAUUUAUACAUAUCCCCCCUUGAUCGAUAGGCACGCCUAUUUGCUAGAGGAGAACAUUCAGGCCCUGAAAUGGCUUGGGAACAUAUUCCUCUUAGGAUAAUGGUUCUCAAUAAGAAUCGGGUUACAUACACCAGAACUGGUGUUUCUGGGAGUUGAAGGCCACAAUUUCCCACCGGAUAGUCGCCAGAGCAGGGGUGGGAGCUUCUAGAUCCUCUAAAACAGUGUUUCUCAACCUGUGGUCCCCGGGUGUUUUGACCUAUAACUCCCAGAAAUCCUAACCAGUUUACCAGCGGUUAGGAUUUCUGGGAGCUGAAAGCCAAAAUAUCUGGGGACCCACAGGUUGAGAACCAAUGUCUUAGGAGCAUUUCUUCUCAAGGACGGACCUACUGCUCAUCUACAACAGCCAUGGGCAAACUUCGGCUGGGGAAUCUGAGCUGUUAGACUCAAAAUAACCCUGAGUUGCGGUGAUUCCACUAUCAGUAUAGCAGAGUAUCAGAAGGAAACUUCAUAACCAGCAGAAACUUAAGUGUGGUGAGCUAGGAUAAGCUUCCAUUCCUCAGGAUGGCUUAGGAUUGCAGAGUCAGAACUUUAGCUUCACAAAUAUUUAUCGAUGUAAAAGAAAGACAAGCAGAGGACUGAAGAAUGGUGGAGACCCCAUGGUCAACCCAGGGCAGUUUAAAUGGAAGAGGAAGUUGCCUCACAGAAAUUCCAUUACUAAGUCACCAAAGGGGAGGAGUAGACAGUGGCAAGCAGGAGGAAGAAACACAAAGCCCUUUUUGGGAAAAUAUGCAUAGGUAUGUGGGAAAGGAAUCCCUCAGUUUAGCCCUGUCUCUAGCCUAGUUACUCAUUGAGAACUGGAUACUUGAUGACACAAGAGACUAGUUCAGGGAUGAAACCCAACAAUUUUGGACUUCAACUCUCACAAUUCCUAUCAGCCUGCAGCUUUGGAGUGGAAGUCCAAAACACCUGGAGGCGGAAGUUUGCCCAUGCCUGAUUUACAUUGAUCACUUAGGUUGGUCUGCAAUUGGACCAGCCCUGUGAGUUAAGCAAAGUUGAGAGAAAGGCUGGAUUCUGCGUCAGUUUAAAGACCAACUUUGUUUGCUUCAAAGUUAGGGUGGAAGUUUUCAAAACAUCUGCUAAAAUCAUCUCCCAAGAAGUAUGAUUAUUUUAUUCUUCUGCUCCCAACUCCAUGGCUUCAGACGGACGUUUAUUUGGGAUUUAAAAAAUCAACCCCAAAUAAAGUGUCUAUCUUUAUCACCUCUCCGUGUUUGCUGGAAAGUAAUAUAUGGUGAAAUGUUCAAAACAUAUAUUAAAUCCAUCUCUUAAUAUAUAUGAGCAUCACUAUGUGAUACGAUUUUUGUUCCUGGGUUAUAAUGGUCAUUUCCUAAUUGAUUCUACCAUAAGAACAUAGAAAAAGUUUAUUAAACUGCAAAAACUUUGUUUUUGCGGGACAUCCGGCAGCACAUUUUGCUACAGUAUUUCAAUGAAUAUCUCACAGUUUCAACCAAGUCAACAUAGUUUAUGGCAGCCACAAAAAACGAAAUUUCUGGAUUAUAAUAACUACUUUCAAAGUAAGUACAGAACAAUUAAAUAGGAAAUGACACUUUCAAACCAGGAACAGUCUUUUUUUUUUUUCAAAUUUUGUUAUGUAGAAUUUAUUCACCUGUCCCCAACUUCAUGGCUUCAGAUGGAUGGAUGUUUAUUUGGGAUUAACAAAUCAAGUGUCUAUCUCUGUCCUCUCUCCGUGUUUACUGGAAAGUAAGGAUUGAAGUUUUCAACACAUACAUUAAAAUUGUCUCCUAAUAUAUAUGAUGAUUCACCUGCUCUUGGCUCCAGAUACUUGGAAUUUAAUAUUGCCCCUCUCUCUCUAUCUUGCUCGGAAAUAAGGGUUGAAGCUUUCAAAACAUAUGAAAACCAUCUCCUGCUAUUUAUGUUUAUGUUCCUGUCUUCAGUUGCACACUCCGGAUUUAAAAUAGUUUUGACACCACUUGAACUGCCAUGGUUCCAUACUAAGGAAUCAUGGAAAAAUGUAGCUUGGUGAGAGGCAACACUCUUUGGCAGAGAAGGCGAAAGUCCUUGUAAAACUAAUAUUCCCAUGUAGAACCAAUUAGGAAAUGACACUUAUAACCCAGGAACAAAAAUCCCAUUACCUACUGAUAAUCGUAAAUAUUAGGAGAUGAAUUUAGUAUAUGUUUUAAAAACUUCAUGACAUAUAGUAAAUACUCCCAUGAUUUCAUUGCAUUGAGCCAGGGCACUGAGCAAGUGGUCUCAAACUGCAUUGAUUUCUACAGUAUAGAUGCACCCUGGGGUUCCAGAUUCACACACGCAUUUGGGAUUAACAGUGCACACUCUCCUUGUUUGCUGGAAAGCGAAAGUUAACGUUUUCAGAACAUUAAAAUCAUGUAUUGGUUUUUAUGAUUUGUCGACUGCUCCCAACUUCAUGGUUGCAGAUCGAUGGACAUGCAGGGUGCGUCUACACUGUAUGCAGUUUGGCUCUACUUUUACUGUCAUGACUCAAUGCGAUGAAAUCCUGGGAGAUGCAGUUUGGUGAGGCACCAGAACUCUUCGGCAAAGAAGGCUAAAGACCUUGUAAAACUAGGUGCCCAAGAUGCCAGGGCAUGGAGCCAUGGCAGUUAAAAAGGUGUCAAACUGUAUUAAUACUGCACUGUAGAUGCAUCCGAGAAUGGUCGAUUAAGUCCACAGCCCUCUAGCCCCACACAUUUAAAUUUCAGGGAUGAUAGGAAUGACAGUCCAGCAAUACCUGGAUGGCCCUGCGUUUCUCAUCUUUGUUCUAAACCAGGAGUGGACACCAUAGCUCCCCCUCCCACAAGAAUUUUGGAUUGCAACUCCCAUCAGCAGAGUCUCUGGCAAGGCAUUAUGGGAAUGGCAGUCCAAUAUUUGAAAGGAUUCCCACCCCCGUUUUACAGAAAAGCGUCAUGAAAUGCGUGGACUUCAGUCUUCAAGGACUUUGCUGGGCGCAGGAAGAUAGGAGAUGGAAAAGCAUUUAAAAAAAAUUAAAAAUAGGGCAGCAAGUCUGAACCUGAAGGGUUUAACUCCCGUUUUGCAGUCAUACGAGUAUGCAUUUAGACUAGAGGGAAGAGACGCAUUUCUGCUUGAGUUCUCGGUCUGGUUUUAAGGGCUAAAGCAUUGCAAGUCUCAAUUCUUCUCAAAUUCCAAACUUGGUUUCUUAAUCCAGAUUAUUUAGAAGGAAGUCCUAUUGAGCUCGCCCAGUAAGCACAGGAGCUGGGGCAAAAGAUUUCGAGGGAGGGGUUGGCUUUAAGGCGCAUCUACAGUGUAGAAUUAAUGCAGUUUGGCAGCACUUUAAAUGCAAGGGCACAAUGAUAUCCUGGGUGUUGUAGUUUUACAAACUCUUUAGCCUUCUCUGCCAAAGAGUGCUGGUACUUCAUCAAACUAUUAAUCCCAUGAUUCCAUCACAGGGAGUCAUGUUAAAGUGAUGUUAAAUUAUCUUAAUUAUACACUGUAGAUGCACCCCUAGGAAAAACUGUGAUGCUGUCGGUAGAGGCUUUGGUUAAAUCCAAUGGAAAUGACUGGGGCUUCUUAGUAAAUCCAUUUCACUCUCAUGCAGCACCCAAAGGGGGUUUUAGGAUCCCGCUGGGACAACGGACACCUCCUUUGCAACUUAUUUAUAACAGAGUCCUAUUUGAGUAACAUUUGUAAAAUAAAUAUCGAAAGCAUGAAUCCAUAAAAGCACGCUCUAUAUCAUUUUCAAAAAGAUCAUUUCGUAGACGACGUCUGUGGUGUAUGUUUGUUUUAUAACGAAUUAUGUACAAAGAGCACAGUAUUUUGGUCUUCGUUUCCGUUUGUCAUGAUCAUUUUUUUUAAAAAAAUAAAGUUACUGACAAACUAC